GUACCAGAAAGCCAAGACAAUCCAAACAAGUCGAAGUUCAAACCCCCAUCAAACAUCACAAAGGCCGAUGCCAAGGACCCGCAGUAUGAGACCUUGCGCGGAAUCGGUAAAGAUCUGUUCGCUGAUGAGAAACCGGAGGAAAAGGGAGACAAAAACAAAAAGUUCAAAGAACCAGCGAAGGUACAAAAAGCUGACGCCAAAGAUCCGCAGUACGAGACAUUGGCCGACGUUAAAGAUGACAUUUUUAAGGGAUAGCAAUAAACUUCUGUGUUUAGUUUUCACAACAAACAAGAAAACAAACAGAUUUGACACUACUAUGAUGGAUUUUGCUGCGAUUCUAGAAGCAUUGCACCAUAACUACCAUAGUCUUAGUUGGAUAGUUGGAGAUUCCGUCUGCGCAACGAGAGCUCUAGCGUGGUAG